GCAGUCUUCUGGAACCUGUCACGUGUCCGCAGUCUCUGGUCAUCCCCUGUACUGUGUCCACAGUCUCUGGUCAUCUGUAGUAUGUCCGCAGUCUCUGGUCAUCUCCUGUACUGUGUCCGCAGUCUCUGGUCAUCUCCUGUACUGUGUCUGCAGUCUCUGGUCAUCUCCUGUACUGUGUCUGCAGUCUCUGGUCAUCCCCUGUACUGUGUCCUCAGUCUCUGGUCAUCUCCUGUACUGUGUCUGCAGUCUCUGGUCAUCUCCUGAAGUAUGUCCGCAGUCUUUGGUCAUCUCCUGUAGUAUGCCCGCUGAAAGUAGAUUGGUGGUCUUUUUCCUUUGUUUGUUGGGGGCCCCCUCAAGAUACCAACGGUCACACCUGGACACAGCUUCCAGAUCUGG